AUUGUACAGUGUUAGCUCUGGGGCCAUUAUUAUGAUAUUCCCCAUAAUAGAGUGUGGAGAGCGUAGAAGUAUUAUUGUCCCAUUUGAGCCAUCCUCAUGGAUCUACUGUGGAAAAUGGCCACCAUGGUCAGUCAAGUUUUGGAAAACCAGUUUGGCAUCUUCAAAGAUAAUGGCAAUGGUUCCAAGUAUUCCGCAUUCUUUAUAGAAUUGGAUACCACUAUAGACAUAAAGUGUGUCUUGAUAGCCUUCAAAUCUACAUUUGCAGAAGGCAGAAAGUCUAGCACUGCACUUCAUUGCCACAGCUUGUCCAUUUGUUGGUCCAGUAGAGUGUAUGAAGGUUAUGGACUUUGCUAUAAAGCCAUCUCCAUCGAUAUCUGAUACGAAAAAAAAAAUGUAAAUAGUAUCUUAUGGACCUCUCUAUGGAACAUAUAUAAUCAAAACUAUAUCUAGUUGCCUCUAUUGGAGAUUAUUUCAGUCGAUAAGUUCUAUUCAAGAUAACGAAAGUUUGGUGAUGAUGAUACAUUCUACUGUGAAAUGACCCUGCUUA